AGUUGCUUUAGUAUAGUUGGAGCCGUCGUCGGUAUCAGUGCGUCGCGGUAUAUCGUGUAAAAAUUAAAAAUAGAGAGUGGAAACAGAAUUGUUCGAUCGAGUGUGUCAGUGUUCGUACGUUAAUAUGUAUAUAUUUGUGCCUUUCAUGUGUCUUCAAUGAUCUAGUUUCUCGAAAACGUGACACGACGUUUCAAGGAAUCACGCGUGAUGUUUCGAAAGUGAUUUAAAAAAUUGACAAUCCUUCGAUCUACCUUUCCUAAAUCCUAAUCCUUUUCCGUACCUUUCAUCUUAAUCCUUAAAAAAGUUUCUCAUCAUUUAACAAUCCUUCAUCAGUUGGAUCGAUUUAUGUACAACGACAGAAACAAUUCGGAUCACAAAAUUCGGUUAAAUUAUUCACGAAUGUUAUGGGACAUGGAAAAUGUACAAUCUUCUGGACACUUGUCAUUAUUCGUGGAUAAAGCAUUAAAGUUACUGGAUUUAAGACAAGUUAUGAUGGAAAUUGAAACUUCCGUGAUGUCUAAGGUUUCGUGUACAGCUUGCAAAGUCGGUGCUGGUUUACUUAAGAAUUAUAUUAAAAAUGGUAAAAGUGAUAAAGAGAUAUUGGCAAAUAUAUAUCAAUUCUGUGUAUCUCUGAACAUUCAAAGUCCAAGAGUUUGCGAUGGUGUAACAUUGGUAUUUGGAUCUGAAGUGAUUUAUGUUUUAAAACAAGUCGACAUGGGUCCAGCACAAAUUUGCAGUUUCGUUAUUGGCGAUGCAUGCGAGGAUGCAUAUAAUCCUUUACACGAAUGGGAAGUUGCAUUUCCACCUGUAAAAAAGCCACCAGUUAAACCACCUGUACCACCGCAAGAAAACGCACCGACAUUCAAAGUUUUACACCUUUCCGAUACACACUUUGAUCCUUAUUAUCAAGAAGGUGCAAAUGCUGAUUGUAAUGAACCAUUGUGCUGUAGGCUUACAAAUGGUGCACCAUUAAUACCAUCAGCUGCAGCAGGCAGAUGGGGUGAUUACAGAAAGUGUGAUACUCCUAAAAGAACCGUAGAUCAUAUGUUGAAACAUAUUGCUGAAACGCAUCCGGAUAUCGAUUAUAUAUUAUGGACUGGUGAUUUACCACCUCACGAUGUAUGGAAUCAAACUAGAGAAGAAAAUCUUAAAGUUCUGCACGAUACUGUUACACAAAUGAUUCAAAUGUUUCCAGGUGUACCUAUAUUUCCAGCAUUAGGAAACCAUGAAAGUGCACCAGUUAAUAGCUUCCCACCACCUUUCGUACCCGAGGAAAAUAGUAUAUCAUGGUUGUAUGAUGCAUUGGAUAAACAUUGGAGACGUUGGUUACCUGCUGGUGUUUCGCAUACAGUUCGAAGAGGGGCUUUUUAUUCGGUCCUAGUUCGUCCAGGAUUUCGAAUUCUUUCCGUUAACAUGAAUUAUUGUAAUAAUAAAAAUUGGUGGCUCUUAAUUAACAGUACAGAUCCAGUUAGUGAAUUGCAAUGGCUCGUUUAUGAAUUACAAGGUGCCGAAAUGAAUGGUGAAAAAGUACAUAUAAUUGGUCACAUACCACCUGGUCAUUCAGAUUGUCUUAAAGUUUGGUCUAGAAAUUAUUAUCACAUAAUCAAUCGGUACGAAUCAACCAUCACAGCACAAUUUUUCGGUCACACGCAUUACGACGAAUUUCAAAUAUUCUAUGAUACUCGAGAUUUACGAAGAGCAUUAAGUAUAGCUUAUAUAGGACCUUCAGUAACACCAUAUUACGAUCUUAAUCCGGGAUAUCGAAUAUAUUACAUUGAUGGUGAUCAUCCAAAAACAACUAGGAUGGUUGUAGAUCACGAAAGUUGGGUGAUGAAUUUAAAGGAAGCUAAUCUUUAUGAUUAUCCUAUUUGGAGUAAAAUGUACAGCGCUAGACAAUCAUAUCAAAUGGCAUCGCUAUUGCCAAAAGAUUGGGAUUCGUUGAUCGAUAAAAUGUCAAACGAACCUUCCCUUUUUGAUCUUUAUUACAAACACUAUUAUAAGAAUUCUCCGGUAAGACCGCCAUGUAAUGACGAAUGUCGAAAACGUUUAUUGUGUGAUUUAAGAAGUGGCAGAAGCCAUGAUCGCAAAGCAUUGUGCCAAAGUAUCGAAUCAAGAAUUGACAAUGAAACGAGAACAGGAUGGAGAGCAUGGAUCUAUAGCGGUUUGGCAUUAUCGAUGUCCGUCGUUAUGGCUAUUCCUAGAUUCGCGUACAAUUUACCCAAAUACGUUUUAGGUCUUGGAUAGAAAAAAUUUCAAGUGAUAUAAAUACAUGUGUAGAUUAAAAAAGAAAAGAGAUUCAAACUUUUGUGAUGUUAAGUUAUCGAAGAGAAUCGUAUAAUACAAAGUUCGUACUUUAAAUAUAAAAUAUAAGAACUAACUGCAACCGAAUAUGCAGAGGAGAAGAAGAAGAAGAAGAAGAAGAAGAAAAAGGAGGAUAGUAUCAAUCUUUGUGAGAACAAAUCGAUCAAAAUGACGCUGACCAAUUUAUCGGUCUAUUGUUAAUAUUAUAUCGU